CCUCUGCAAAUGCGUGAAAUGAUUUAGUUUCAUUUCAGUGGGUUGAAAAUGAGGAUUUGUUGACUAUAGAGUGCAUAUAAAAGUCUACACACCCCUGCUCGAAUGCCAGGCUUUUGUGGGAAUAAUUGACAUUACUUAUAAAUGUAUAUAACCUAUGACCUGUAGAUCUCAACUGCUAUUUGGAACAGUUCCUAAUGCUCUCCACCUUGCACCUCGACAUGAGAAUGAGCAGCAGUACACACAAACGUACUCCUCAAAGAGUCGGUAGGUCUCCAGACGCUCUGCCUGCAGCUGGUAAAACCUUUGGAUCAAACCUUUGAAAUCAGUGGAAACCUGCAAGAAAACAGUCACUUCAACCUUAAGUUCUUCUGGCCACUGGUGGAAGGUAAAAGACAAAAGACUUGGUGGCAUGAGCGCGUUUCCUCGUAGAAAUGAAGUCAUGCCAAUGUUAGUUGGAUUGAUCUUCAAAAUAAAAGAUCAUCAAACGACGUGGAGGGGAGGUGUGUCGGUCACGUCUGCGUAUCGCGUCACGUUCAGUUCAGCACCACAACGGGGUGAACAGCGACACGCGGGAUGCCGGUGGACUGACCGACAUCCUCGGCCGGGGUUCGGUCGGCACCGGCUACGAACGAGCAGCCGCAGCAUCCGAUGCCUGACGCUCGACCUGCGGCAUUCCGUGACAUGCCCGCCCGGGCGAAGGGUGGGGAAGCUCCGGGCAGGAGGGGAGCAAAAGCGUCGACCCCCUGAGAGGCACUCCAGGCGGUGAACGCUGCCCGCAUCGGGUGGCGGUGGUCCCGGCGGCGGUGGCCGGUCGUCAUGGGCUGCGUCCAGAGCAUCGCCUGCAACAAGUCGCGCGUCCGCAGGGAGAACGUGGUUGUGUGCGAGCUGGCGGCCACCAUCGACCACCGCCCCACGGCCGUGGAGGAGGACUCGGCCAUCGUGCUGCGCUACAAAACACCCUAUUUUAAAGCGUCGGCCCGGGUUGUCAUGCCACCCAUCCCGCGCAACGAGACCUGGGUGGUGGGCUGGAUCCAGGCGUGCACCCACAUGGAGUUCUACAACACCUACGGAGACGUCGGCAUGUCAAGUUGGGAACUGCCCGAGCUGCGCCAAGGCCUGGUCCGGGCCAUCAGCGACUCGGACGGUGUUAGCUACCCGUGGUACGGCAACACCACGGAGACGGUCACCAUCGUGGGCCCCACCUCCAAGCCGUCACGCUUCACCGUCAGCAUGAAUGACAACUUCUACCCCAGCGUCACCUGGGCCGUGCCGGUGAGCCGAUCGGACCAGCCCGCGUUGACCGACAUCAAGCGUGACCAGAGCUUCACCACCUGGCUGGUGGCGCUCAACGCCACCUCCAAGGAGAAAAUCCUGCUCCGCGCCAUCAAGUGGCGCAUGAGGGUGGACAUCGCCGUGGACCCGACCCGGCCUCUGGGCUCCAGGGCGCGGCUGGUGGGCAGGGUCCACCAGGAGCAGCCGCGGGUGCUGACCCGCGUGGAGCCCAUCCCGGCCAACGCCAUGGGGAGGCCCAACGCCAACGAUGCACAAGUGCUCAUGUGGAGGCCCAUCAGGGGACCUCCGCUUAUCGUCAUACCGCCCAAGUAGAGUUCUGUACAGAAAGCCCGUUUCGGGCCAAGACUAAUCAAGCUUAUCAUACGUAAGCCUUAAAGCUACUCGUGGAGAGCACAAAUGCGUCAAUCACGCAAAGUUUUGAUAAGUGCUUUUCAAUGUGUGGAGGCUUGUGUCUUUUCUACAAUGGAGUCAGAUUGCUGCUUAGUUACACAAGAUUGCCUCAAACGUCGCUCCAAGGACCCGGCCGGUGUCGACAUUUUCAUUUCUUUCAAAUUAAAGUGACUGGAUGGUAGCAUUACAAUGUGUUGAAGGACAUCAAACCUCUCCUCUAUGAUUGUCCGGCAUUAGCAUGCAGUGUUUUGGAACUCAUUAAAACAAAUAGCAAAAAUAUUUAACAAUCGAUUCAUUCUUGUUGAUAAACAAAUGCUUCGAUUCAACCUUAUAUGGACAUUAAAAAAAGAAACAACUUUU